GAAUUGAGUUGGCAUUGUUUGGUUUGUUAACUUUGUAUCGAUCAUCUAUAUACAUAAAGGAAAAUAAGCCGAAACAAGAAGAAGGAAUAAAGAACACGUACAUACCAUUGCUUCUCAGAAGUCAGAACAAACAACCUGGUAAUCUGACAUAGUCAUGGCUCUCCAGUCUCAUCCCCAACCGCCACCACCGUCAUCGGAGGACAAGACGGAGGCUCUAGAUCCUCUGCUUCAUGCAUUCGGGUUCAAGGUUGAAGAAGUGACACCACAUAAGAUCUGUGGUCACCUCAGAGUCACCGAAAAGAGCUGCCAGCCAUUCAAGGUGUUACAUGGAGGUGUCUCAGCUCUGAUAUCCGAGUCUCUGGCAAGCAUGGGAGCUCACCUGGCUUCUGGUUUACAAAGGGUGGCUGGAAUUCACCUCAGCAUCAAUCACAUGAAGCGAGCUGAGCUCGGUGAUCUUAUCUUUGGUGAAGCCUCACCUAUCAGCGUUGGCAAAACCAUUCAGGUAUGGGAGGUCCGACUUUGGAAGAUUGAUCCUUCAAACUCAGGCUUAAAGUCCUUAGUAUCAUCAUCAAGAGUUACUCUUCUAUGCAACAUGCCUGUGCCAGAGCAUGCAAAAGAUGCAAGUCAAGCCCUCAAGAAGUAUGCCAAAUUAUAGAGCUCAUGUACUCUAUUUUGGUUUCACGACUUUCGUGGAUGUUGUUCUGCAAUCAGAUUUUCAUUCUUGACCAUUGGCGGAUCCUUUAAGGGGCAUGACCCUCCCUCGGUGAUUUCAAAAUUUUCUCAUAAUUAUGGCAUAAUAGUGUAUUUAUUAGUGUAAAAUUCAAAAAUUUAGUAUAUAUUAGCCCAUCCAACUGUACAAGAUGAAACUUGAAAGCAUCCAUAGGGGGCAUAGACAUUGACCCAAUGACACUGAGUUGGGAUUGUCACUUUAAAAUUAUAUAAACAAAUGUUAUUGAAGUAAAUUAAAAAUCAAGAAAUAUAAAUCCACUUGAGCGGU